UGUGCCGGCGGAGCGGGGAGCUCCGGGUCCGAGACCUUCCGCAGACGCUUCAGGUGGUUCUGCUACGAGAAUGUGCGCGGGCCCCGCGAGGCCUUCGGUCAACUCUGGGAGCUGGGCUGCCGGUGGCUGAAGCCGGAAUCGCGCUCCAAGGAGCAGAUCCUGGAGCUGCUGGUCGUUGAGCAGUUUCUCAGCGUUUUGCCAGCGAAGAUCCGGGCGCGGGCUCAGCAGCAGUGUCCGCAGAGCGGAGAGGAGGCGGUGGCCCUGGUCAUCCACUUGGAGGAAGAGGCUGGGAGACGGAGAGCGCAGGUUCGCAGCCCUGUGCAGUCGGAGGAACAAGCCCCACGUGGAGCAGUGUGGGAUGUGGCAGCCUUUCCGCCAGAGACCCAGCUCAGAGUGGUGUCUCGGGAAGAAGCUGGGAGCCUGCACUCGGGACACCAGGAGCAGCUGACCCCAAAGAGAGAGCAGCGGCCCUUACCCAAGAACGCUCACCCUUCUCCCUGGGUUCCCAUCCCUGAUGAAGAAUGGAACACCAUAGAUCAGGAAGUAACAACCACGAAACUUCCUGUUGGGUCUCAGGGACCAGUGAAAGAUGUCCACUUGACAAGAGGUUUUUCAUACAAAAAGAGAGUGCAUCAGAUUCCGGCUCACGGAGACCUCUACCGGGAUAUUAGGGAGGAGAGUGUUGGGAACAUGGUCUCCUUAGGAAGUGCAGUAUCUACUUCUAACAAGACAGCCCAGGUGGAGCAAAGAAAGGAGCUAUGGAUGCAUUACUCUAAUAAAAGGAAUAGUCUACGAAGCAACUGCAUCAAGGAAAAGUCAGUUCAUGCUGUUCAGAUUCCUGCAAGGAAUGCAGGGAAGAUGCGGAGAGAGCGACAACAGUGGGGCUUAGAAGAUGAAAAGAUAGCAGGUGUGCAUUGGAGCUAUGAGGAAACGAAGACAUUUCUCGCAAUUCUCAAAGAAUCUCGCUUUUAUGAAACACUUCAGGCUUGUCCCAGAAACAGCCAGGUGUAUGGCGCUGUAGCUGAAUGGCUGCGAGAGUGUGGCUUUCUCCGAACUCCGGAACAGUGUCGGACCAAGUUCAAAAGUCUCCAGAAAAGCUACCGAAAAGUGAGAAACGGCCACCUGCUCGAGCCCUGUGCCUUCUUUGAGGACAUGGACGCAUUGUUGAACCCUGCAGCUCAUGUGUCACCCACUGACAAGCCAAAAGAGAUUGUGUCUCUCCCUCGACUAAAGAGAAUUGGUGUCGGUGCUAAAGAACAGAUAAGUCUGAUGGAGGAGGAGGAAGCUGCACAAGAAUCUGAUAGUGAGGAAACGGGCAUCGAGUUUAUCCGGAAGUCUGAGAUGCGUGGUACCCCUGUCUUGUUUCAGAACCUGAGUGGUGUACACUGGGGCUAUGAGGAGACCAAGACUUUUCUUGAUAUCCUCUGUGAGACUCGGUUUUAUGAAGCUCUUCAGUCCUGCCAUAGGAAGAGCAAAUUGUAUGGGGUCGUGGCGGAACAGCUGCAGGAGUGUGGUUUCCUCCGGACACCAGAACAGUGCAGGACCAAGUUCAAAAGCCUUCAGAAGAGCUACCGCAAAGUGAAAAAUGGUCACGUGCUAGAAUCCUGUGCUUUCUACAAGGAAAUGGAUGCCCUGAUAAACUCUCGGGCAUCUGUCCCCUCCAUCGGCACCCCAGAAGAAGUCCCACCACUUUCAAGGCAAGAAAGAGAGGAUAUUGAGAUUGAACCCCAGGAACCUACAGGCUGGGAACUUGAGGAGACCUCACAAGAGGAAAUAGUAGAAGAUUCUGGCAGCGAAAGAAUGAGUGAGGAAGAAAUUGAACAAGAGUCAGAAUUCCAGGAACCUCCAGGUCUACUGCGAAACCCAAAUGAUUUUGAAAUUGGAGGUAAUAUCAAGGAGGAUGCAACACAGGUAAUAUACAAGGACAUGGAGCAACACAAAAAGUCUAAAAGAAUUAUCUCCCAGAAUACUGAUCCAGGUAAAUAUUGUAUAAAAGAAUGUAUCUCAGGAACACAAUGGGAAAACCAUCAAGGAAUCAGACAGGGAAAGCCAGUGUCUCAGCCUAGAGAUUUAGGGAAAGCUGUAGUGCAUCAGAGGCCUUUCAUGGGGAAGAGACCCUACAGACUUCUAAAGUAUGGAGAAAGCUUUGGAAGGAGUGCUCGUCUUCUGUGCCGGAUGACCCACCAGAAGGAAAACUCUUAUAAGUGUAGUGUCUGUGGGAAGUGCUUUGGUAGAAGCAGGAGCCUCAUCAGACACCAAAGAAUCCACACAGGAGAAAAACCUUUUAAAUGUCUUGACUGUGGGAAAAGCUUUAAUGACUCCUCAAACUUUGGUGCCCAUCAGAGAAUCCACACAGGAGAGAAGCCCUACAGCUGUGGAGAGUGUGGGAAGUGCUUUAGUCAGAGCUCAAGUCUCAUCAUACAUCAGAGAACUCACACAGGCGAGAAACCCUAUCAGUGUGAAGAGUGUGGGAAAAGCUUCACCAACAGUUCUCAUUUCAGUGCCCACCGCAGGGUCCACACUGGAGAGAAUCCCUACAAAUGCUUGGAUUGUGAAAAGAGUUUCAAUAACUGUACACGAUUUCGAGAACAUCAGAGAAUGCACACUGGAGAAAAGCCCUAUGAGUGUGCCCACUGUGGCAAACAUUUCAGUAAGGGCUCUGUUCUGACCAAACAUCGGGAGGUCCAUGUGAGAGAAAAGCUCCUGCCACAUCCUCCAUCCAUGUAUUCCCCAGAGAAUCCACAUAAGGGGAGAACUGAUGACUUCAGGAAGACUUUUUGAUACGAUCUCUUCUGUUCCUCAAUGUCCCUUUAGCCAUCCUACCCUGAUCUCACUCUUGGGAUCUUUAAUUAGCUAUAAAGUAAUUCCCAAGAUAAGCUUGAGAAUUAAAUCAAAUAAAGACUUGGAUCCUGUUCUCACCUCUGCCUCUAACUUGAUCAGCUUCUCCUUUAAUAAAGGGGAGAACAUAAAUUGUCUGAGUUCAGAAUGGAAUUAUCUUCAAUAUGCUGAGGCUACUGCUAUGGGAUUGCUAUGUCCAGCAACGUUCAUGAUCCUUCCAUGUAGGUGAGAGUUGUUUUCAAGGAGAUGAAAGACGCUGAAAGGUUUUUUUGUUAUCUACCAUAUGAGAUUCUGGAUGCAACUUGACCACAGAGUUUCAUGCUUGAGUAGAAGUUUCAGGAGUCCUACAUCAAGUCCAUGUUGGUUUUGAAGAUAGCCACAAAGGAGACUGAAGGUUUUAUAACUUCCAUCAGAAGUCUUUUUGUGUACCGUUUUUGUGUCAAGAAGUUGAUCUGAAUAGCGAGGGUAGAAUCUCUGUGAUGUCCCUGAAGUCAUGUUAGCAAUGCCUUGCCCUCCGUAGAGACGAGAAGCAAAUGAUCACCCAUAAUCCUCUGUAUACCAACCUUUUUUGUCCCUGAAGACUGAAUCCCCUUGGCUGCUGCUUUCCAGCCUAUUGUUUCCCACAUGUCCUACACUUACCUCUUCAUGUUCCAGGUGCUCUUAUCCGCUCUUCUGAGCCAGCACACACUCCUCACGUUGACGAGGCUGCAUGUUCAUGGGUGUGUCUCAUUAAAGUAAAGGAUUUCAGAUACAUUCUAGUUCUUCCCUGUAACUUCUCUGGUUCUUAUCUAAAAUAUUAUGUGUGUUGGCAUAUUUAUGUCUCCCAACCCCACACUUUAGUAUAAUAUUAUACAAUCAUAGGUUUCUAAAACUUUAAGGGGGUAGAAAGAAGUAGAGACCUGAAACAUUAAAUAUUUCUAAAACCAGUAGGACUCCUUAGGCCUACUUUAGAUCAGAUAGCCACCUCUGUCCAGACCAGCACUUCCAGGGCUGUUUGUUAAAUAUUCUUUUUUCUGAGGCUUCUAGACCUUAUUUAUAGCAUCAUGACCCUCACUGGAGAGCCCUGAGUAUUUUAUACAAUUCUAUAGAUCAUUAAGUGAAAGCAGAAAUAUUUGCAGAAACUUCCAAUCCAGAACACAUUAGUGUUUUCUUCAUUUACCUGUUUAACUGAAAAAUCUUUCUGAUAACCCCCUAGCACUAGCCCAAUACAUAGUGAAGAAAGGGUUCAGAUGGAUAAAUAGCUCAUUCCUUUCUGGAAGUUAGAUGAAAUUUGGGCAUCCAAGGCUGGUUGCUUUGGGAGGGAGAAGUCAUAGUUCGGUAGAAGGAUAACCAGAGUCAGGGUUGUGGGUGCAUGCUUCUUCUGAUCUUAUCUCUCCUUUCCUUUGUCAUAUGCUUUCUUAUUUGAACACAUCUGGAGAUAAUGUUUUUCCUUGGACUGUGUUUGAAUCUGUUGAAACUUGCUCAGCAGAGUACCAGAGGGGUAGGCAGUUAGGGUGCCAGCAUAGGGUGUGGCCUGCUGGAAGGCAGGUGACUCAGGUAAACGUUGAUAAAUGUCCUCCUUUACACUGGAAAUGUUGUGCGUGUUCACAUCUGAAUAGAUUAACUUCCUCUGUGUUGUCAGGUUUUCUUUUUUUCUCUUUUAUUAAUCAUUUUUAUUUCUCAGUUACCGUUGACAUACAUUAUUGUAUUGGUCUCAGGUGUGUGUUGUCUAAAUCAUAGACUUAAUGGUAAGUGCAGCUUCAUGUUGGUAGUGUGCUGAGCGAGCACAAUAAGAUGUGUUAGUGUCAGUGGCGUGUGCUUACACUGUGUAGACCUUCUGGAAUUUCAACUCUAGAGAAGUUGCACAUUAAUAGAAGUCACCACUUAGUAAUACGUACAUAGGAUUGAUAAUUAUAUCAGCUGACAAAUGAUUCAGGAACAGUGAUUUGUUCAGAAAUAUUUAUUAA